GGCUCUUAGGCCGUUGUAUGGACCAGCGGCUCUGGACCUUUCUAGGCUCCUGCCCCACUGGCAGGACUCAGAUUUGUCUGCCCUGCCCCCAGGCUUCACCUCAGUGUCACAGCCAGGCCAGGACUGAGCAACGGCUUCCCUUCUCAUUUCUAUCGUGUCGGCAUCAAAUAAACCAACUAUCGCACGUGCAUGUCAGUGCACAGAGCCGUGGACACAAGCCGUGGUGUGAAGUCUGAGUUUGUCCUGACGUCACUAGUGCUUUUUCUGUAGCCUGUUGUAAAACCAUGCAACUAUCCAGAUGAGCUGAUGGACCCCCGCAAGACCUCUCAGUACCCCCGGGGUGCACCUACCCCUGGCUGAGAGCCACUGGCAUCUAUAACUCCUAAAUAACGGGCCAUAAGGAGUGCGGUCGGGGUGGGGGUCACUGGUCCGGAUCCAGCCAGCUCAGUCCUCAAUCAGGCAGCUCUGACCGGCUGGCUGGGGUUCUCAGAAGACGCCAAUAAACUAGCAGAUAAGAGGGGCCCAUUGGGUGCUUAGUGGGGAUUUCACAACACUUUUGAUAAGGUGUCUCCAUAAAAAGCUCUUCGGGGAAAUGAAUAACCCCUGGUAGGAGGGGAAGCGUUGUGGUGUGUUGGCCGCUGGCUGGGUGGGGCGAAGCAGGGAGCUGUGGUGAGCUGCAGCUGGCCUGUUUGGAUAGAGGUUAAUAGUGGGUGACUUGUUUGGGUGUUGGGCCCUGGGCUGUAGAGAUUUAGAGGAGGCAGUGACUGCGGGUUGAUGAAAUUCACCAAGGACCCUAAGGUGUGCGAGAGGCUCAGCUCCAGGUGGGAGUGAGCGUGGCCAUGGGUAAGGCGACUUGUGCUGGUGGAGCUGGUGUCUCACGCUGCUGGGCUCUGCAUUUCCAGGACUUGCCAGGAGGGAGCUCAGGAGGUGUUGGGGACCUUGAGUGGUGCUGGAGUCUCAUCUCAUGGGCUGUCUGGCUGCCUUCCAACCGUGAGAGAGAAUCUCCUGAGGCUGCAAAGCUGCAGAGAAGGGCACUGCGGAUGGCCAAAGCGAUGGCUGGCUGUGGGGAUCCCUGCUCCAGCAGCUCUGGACUCCUCAUUGCCCUUCGCCUGGCAUAGCUCGGUCUGUUGGGAGAGAUUCGGUUUUGGAUCCACCGGCCUAUGAGGGCUGAGAGGAUGGCUGCCUCCGUGAUGGGCCAGGCCAUGGUCACCCACAUGCUGGUGGCCCUUUUCGGGAUGGGCUCCUGGGUCUCCGUGAACUCCUUGUGGGUGGAGCUCCCCGUGGUGGUGAAGUGGCUUCCAGAAGGCUGGAAUCUCCCUGCCUACCUCUCAGUCCUCAUCGCCCUGGGGAACGUAGGCCCCAUCGCCGUCACCCUGGCUCACAGGCUAGUCCCUGGGCGGCUGAAGGAGCGCUGGGUCAUCCACGCCAUCCAGGUGCUGGGCGUGGUGGCAGCCCUCUUCCUGGCUCUCUUCUGGCACCGGACGGCGACAGUGGCAGGGGAGUCCCACAGCCUGGCCUUCCUGCUCCUGGCCUUCCUCCUAGCCUUCGUCUGCUGCACCUCCAACGUCACCUUCCUGCCCUUCAUGUACCAGUUCCCCCAGCAGUUCAUCCGCACCUUCUUCGUGGGCCAGGGCCUGAGCGCCCUCUUCCCCUGCGUGGUGGCGCUGGCCCAAGGGGUGGGCAAGCUGGAGUGCCGCAACACCACCUCUGGCAACGGCUCCCAGCCCCACUACCUGGAGGAGAACUUUCCCGCGGCCACCUACUUCUGGCUGAUGUUCGCCAUGCUUGCUGUCUCGGCACUCUCCUUCCUGGGGCUCAUCCUGCAGCACCGCCGCGCCAGCCGCUCCGCCGCCCGCCAGGAGAGCUCUUCCAAGGGCAGCGUGGAGACGGAGGAGUCCUUCCCACUGCGGGAAGACACCCCCACGUCGGACAGCGCCACGGAGAUCGCCCAGGGCACCCACCCCCCGGCCCAGGCCACCUCCUUCUGGACAGGCCGGAACAUCUACCUGCUGGUGCUGCUGGGCGUCUCCAACGCGCUGACCAACGGCGUGCUGCCCGCGGUGCAGAGCUACUCCUGCCUGCCCUACGGGAGCAUGGCCUACCACCUCUCCGUGGUGCUCAGCAACAUCGCCAACCCCGUGGCCUGCUUCGUCGCCAUGUUUGUGCUGUGCAGGUCAGCGGUGGGCUUGGGCGUCAUCUCUGUGCUGGGAGGCGUCUUUGCGGCCUAUCUGAUGGUGCUGGCCGCGCUCAGCCCCUGCCCUCCCCUGCUGGGCAGUGCCGCAGGAGUCGCCCUGGUGGUGCUGGCCUGGAUCCUGUUCCUGGGGCUCUUCUCCUACCUCAAGGUGGUGAUCGGCAGCCUGCUACACGAGGCCGGCCACGCCGCGCUGGUGUGGUGUGGAGCGGUCAUCCAGGCGGGCUCCCUGGUGGGCGCCCUGGCCAUGUUCCCCAUCGUCAGCAUCUAUCACCUCUUCCAGAGCGGGCAGGACUGCGCCGACAACUGUGGGGCAUGAGCGGGGGGCAGGACACAGCAGCCCCAUGGGGGGUCUGCCCGGCUGGAGCUGGCACCAGCUGACCUCCGGCUUAGGGGCGUAAGAAUUGCUGGAGAGAGUCAGAGCGCUGGGCAUCUCGUCCCGCGGCUCCUGGCCAGUAGCUGAUGCUUCAGAGGAGAAGCCCGUGGUGCCCCUGGCCAGCUGGGAGCCUCUGCUCUCCCCUGCUGCUCGGAGCAGGGCCGUGGGCCGGUCACACUACCGUACAGACCAGGCGCUAGGCGGCCUGCCCAGCCCUGCUGCAUGGGGAGAGCGGGAGCAGCCCUGCCUUGCGGCCUGGUUCCCAGGGGCUGGCAGCUGCUGCACUCGCUGCUUCUCCCGCAGGUUUUAGGAUGUACUGAACUGGGGCUGGGGUGGG